CUUGAUCAGCAGAAUAAAAUAAAAAGUCGCACUGAUGUCCAAAUUAUUGGAGAUCCAAUGCCAAUAAUUAUCAAAAAUAAUAUGCCAAAAAAUGAAACAAUGACCAAAAUUUUUAGAGGAAUAUUCGACAGGUGGAUUGAAUUUUCACAUUCUUUACUA